UUGUUUUCAGCAAACUUAGUUCCAAGCUGCAAGAUUUCGAAAUCGAGUCAUAAUGCUGAAGGACGGGAAUACCCUUCUGCUGAGACCGUGCCAUCCUUAGAACCAGCGAUUUUUGAAGUGGUAGUGCCAAACGAAACUUCUGCUCCUCGUGGUCCUCCUCCACCACCACCCCCACCUCCACCACCACCGCCUUCACAUCUCACACUACCACCAUCACUCACAACACAUCCAGAACCUCCACCACCUCCUCCAAUCAUGUCCGAUCUAAUGGCUGCAAUUCGUGCUGCUGGCGGCGCCAGUAAAGCUAAGUUAAAGAGCAUAGGUUCCUCUCGUCGUCAAGUGGUUGAAUCCUCUGCUUUCCAUGUUCCGUUGUCAGAGAGCAAAUCAUCUCGUGGUAAUGAUUUGAUGGCGUCGUUAGCAAAAGCACUGGAGGCAAGGAGAAAAGGUUAUAUUGAAAUAUUUGGUCUCGUCUCUGCUUUUCUCAUAUUUAAACACGACAAAUGGGAGUGUGGAUAG